AGGCGCGCCAGACGUUGCUUAGCCAAUCAUAAGACACGCCGGCGACGACUUCUGGCCAGGCCGUGCGUUUCAUUGGAUGGCGGGAAGAUGAGAGGAAACAUGCAGCGCUUUAAAAGCUGACAGCAAAGCAGAUGCGAAGUGUAUAAAGUUUCAUGUGAGCAUCUGACAAAUACCCAACUGUUCUUUUUCCAAGGAUUUGCUGGAGGCCAGAAAAGAACGCAAUCCAGGGACUGUCAGUUCAUUUAAGAGGUGUAUGGCCCCAUACUCUUGUAACAUGAAUCCUGUCCAGGGGUCUCCCUCCCAAGAUCCGACAGUUCAGGAGAAAGGAAACACUGAGAAGGAAGACCUUAAAUCACCAGACAAGAUUGCCAAAGGAUGUAAAAGCAAGACAUUCAGCCUUCCUUUCAGUGUGGAGUCGCUGAUCUCACAAAGAACAACUUACAGGACACAGUAUUCUGCAUUUGAUGCAGAUGUGGGUCUGUCAAAGACUGUGGCAGAGCAGGAGAAAUCAGACCCAUCUCCAAGGACGCUAUAUAGAGGAGGUAACAUUUCCAUGGAUACUUUCCCAAACUUGACAGAAUGCACAAGAAACGAUACUGAGGACCCUAAUGAAAAGGAUCAGAGCACCUGGAUCCAGAAUUCAACUUUUUCAACAUCUCCUAGAGACUCAAGCCCACCUCCAUGUCCCCUCAGGAAGCACAAGAACAACAGAAAACCUCGGACCCCUUUCACCACAUCACAGUUACUUUCACUAGAGAGAAAGUUUCGUCAGAAACAGUACCUCUCCAUAGCAGAAAGAGCUGAAUUCUCCAAUUCUCUCAAUCUGACAGAGACUCAAGUGAAAAUCUGGUUCCAGAACAGGCGGGCUAAAGCGAAGAGACUGCAGGAGGCUGAGCUCGAGAAGUUUAAACUGGCAGCGAAGCCACUGGUUCCAGCCUUUGCCUUUCCUUUCCCUCUUGGUGGGCCCUUGACUUCUCCAUCCAUUUACGGACAUUCCAACUCCUUCCCAAGGCCCACCUUACCAGUUCCGGGACUUUUCAACGGACCUGUUGCCUAUGGGAUGUAUUAUCUGUCCUAAAGAAGACUAACCCAGCAGGAAAAUGAAGAGCAUCCAUACUGUCAUCUUCAUGUUGCCAUGUAAAGUCACUGCAGUGUGCAGUGCUACACUGGUAUGUGCCCAGUGGGUGCUACUAGGAGGCACUUACCACAGGAGAAAACUCUGCAUUUAGUUCUUUUUCUUCCACCUCAUUGUAUUCACAGGUACCGAUACUGAGUGAAACUGACUUCGGGUGUUCAACCACAGUGACAUUAAUCUCCUUUUUUUAACAAUAGCAGUCAGUUUGUAUUAUUCUUUUUGUUUGGUAAAUAUUUUUUAUAUUUAAAUAAAGUGCAUGUCUUCCUUUGGAUCUCAAUUUCUUCUUCCCCCUUGCACAAGUGUACAUCAUGUCUAAUGGAAGAACGCUAAAUUUGUAGCUGUCUGGUCAUGUUGUACGUACUUUUUUCAUUAAACCCAGUUUUGAGAGCUAAAAUCAUGUGUAUGAAAUUCCAUUGAAUAAGUGUAGUUUAUAACACUUGUUGUGGCUGUAAAAGGUAAAUUAUUUCACGUUAAUUCCACGACCUGUGCCUUUCCGCCGGGUUUCCUGUUGAAAUCCGCUCGUGUGCUUAAUGAGAUGUUCCGCGUUGUCACAGCGUAGGUACUGAGGUACGCAGGUACAGCAGCGCUGUAACACUGCGGAACAUCUUAUUAACAGCACACGAUACGAGCCGAAACCAUCUUUCGGAACCGAAAUUCUACCUGCGCUACAUAAAGUCGGUGCAAAGAUUUGCUGCGGAGCAAGUAAACGCGUUCUUGACGUGAUUUCCAAGACCCCGUGGACUCUUCUGAGCAUUUGAGAAAAAACACACACACACACACACACACUGUAUUUGCUUUCAAAGCAAGUCUGCUGAAUAAGUAAAUCUAAAUGUAAAUGUAAGUCACACUGAGCGCGCAUCUUUUUUUUUUUAUCGGUAUUAAAAACUGGUGCUUCCUACUUCAGUUCAUAAUGGAGCAAAAACCACUACUGUGCUAGAGUGUGUAGCAGGGUACAUUUUUAUCUGAAAAACUCCCUAGUAUUUUCUAAAGAAGAAAAAAAGUUUUACUACUUUAAGAAUUUUUAGAGGUUUCUAUUUUGUUAACUUGUACUUGAUGGGAAUGAGCGGCGGGGUGGUUGGAAAUGCCUGUAAUAAAAAAGACGGUAAAAUAUCUGGAGAGAAGGCUGAAAAUGCGACAGUUGUUAAAUAUAAUUAACCUGCAUUUGAUUAUUGUGAAAACAGAAAAGGUUUUGAAUGCUCAUGGGUUCAUUGGUUUAUAAUGUAACGCAAACUGUACUAUAGAGAUGCCGCCUGUUUUCGCAGAUUUCAAACUUCUCUAAAGAAAAUAUUUAUAAAAUGUUUACAUAUCAUUUGUACAUGUCAUGUGUAUAUUUUUUAAAUG